AUGUCUCAUUCUCCAUCCUCAAAUUCAGUCAGUGGCUUCCUUGACUUCCUCGCUCGACAGCUCGAAGGUCUCGAAAACCUCUUUCUCUCUAACAACUUCAUGUCGUUCGACUUCCUUUCGCACGCCCUCUCGACCCUCCGCUCCUUCCACUCAAAGCUCGUCAUUUUGGCCCAAAAGCUAAAGCUACGGGUCGGUGAAAAAUGGCUCGACGAGUACAUGGACGAGACCUCCCGCCUUUGGGACGCUUGCCAAGUCAUCAAAUCGGGCGUUUCGAACAUGGAGAGCUACUAUACAUGUGGCGCCAAUGUGGCAUCAUUCCUCGACAAUCAUCGUGUCGUAAACGCGCAUUUUUAUCGACAGGUCACUCGGUUAAUCGAUCGUUGCCAACGCGAAAUGAUACCCUUACAAGAAGAAAACAAGCGCAUAGCGCGAACGAAAGUACAAUCACUAUCCCUCGUCAUCAAAGAAAAUUUUGUAGCCGAUUUGAAGUACACUAAAUAUAACGGCUUCCAAGGAGCCCUAUACGCGAUGAGGAACGCGAGCACGUUGCUUUUGGUCAUACUCCUAAGUGGGCUCGUCUACUUUUGGCCCGAGACGAGCUUUUGCCGAGAGAACAAUAACCGCGAUGAUGUCAUGAUCACGAGCCCGUUAAUCAUCGGCUCGAACUUUGUGGCAUCGAGUGCGAAUUUGCACGAUAGGAUCGUGAGUGUAGUGAGUUGUCUCGGCGGGGUAGAGCCCGGAGUGGUACUUUUCGAGCUUCGAGCCGCGAAGUUCGCGUUGGAUGAAUUGAAAAUGGCGAUCGAGGGUACGGUGCGUAAGGAUGAGAAUGAGAUUGACAUCGACGAGAGAGCCGAGAGCUUGAGGAGUUGUAUCGGGGUUUUGCAGUGUGGGGCGGAGGGAAUAAUCGGGCAGCUCGAUGAUUUCUUUGACGAGAUUGUGGAGGGGAGGAAGAUGCUUUUCGACAUGUGCUCGAAUAGAUAG